CGCCAAAGGCACAUUUCGGCACGAAUCGGGAAUGGUCGCGUGCCACCUAUCAACGGUCAAAAACCUGUCAAAUAGUCUCCCAAAAAGCGCGCAAUAGACACCACAUGCACGCCAACUCAGUGACGAAUAAUUCUCAAUUCUUUUAUUAAUUUCUUUAUAUUUCCUGUAAUUUUGAAUAAAUAUUGAAGUUGUGAAGUGGAAGGAGAUUUUAUCAAUGCGCGAAAUCCGGUCGCUUCGACCCGGAAGCCCCAACUAACGCCCUAUAUAUCUCCAGGUACGUCCACCUCACCUUCCAUUGGUCCUUCGAGGGACAGAAUACAACGGUAUUCUGAACGGACAGCGCCACCCUUGGCCAUCAUCAUUCCCGGACAUCGCAUCGGCGUUUCCGGACAGCUAUCGAAAUUUGCUCCCGGCCAGCGUAGCAUCGUGCCUACCCUGCCAAAUCCCUCUGCAUUCAAUCACUCCUGGUCACCGCAUCGGCGUGUCUGGGGACGUUAGUGAUUCUCACUCAUCUGGCCUGAAGAACAUCGGUUAUCCCGGCCAGCCAUUUUGUACCACGCCUGAACAUAACCUCACAAAAUGUCUCAGGAAACUGAAAUGCUCCUUGCGCAAGCGCAGUCACUACACACAACAGUGAAAGCCCUCAAGGACAUGGCUCUCAACGGAGAGUUUCUAUGCGAGCUCGAGGCCAAGCUGCAAUGUCUGCAGGGAUGGCAACAACGUUUUUCUGCAACAUUCGCAAGCGCUCAGCAAACACUCAAAACUCGUGAGCAACACGAUAAAGCUCAACAAACAUUCAAAUCGUUCUGGGAUCUUACUUCAGAGACAGAGUACGAUCUUCGGCUGUGGAUGUCCCGGACAAAUCAAUAUCUCGCAAAUAUCAAAUCAGAGGCAGGAGGAGGCAGACAAGAUUCUGUCAUCAACGCGAUGAAGGAGCUUGUGAGUGCGAUGCAAGGUCAAUCUCGUUCAAAGGUGAAGCUGCCCCAAUUGCAAAUUCCCUCGUUCUCCGGAAAAUACACGGAGUGGCAGUCAUUCUCAGACAGCUUCGUGUCAACAAUUCACACAAACAGAGAUCUCAGUGCUGUGGACAAAUUCACAUACUUGAAAGCAGCUCUCACCGGAAAUGCAGCGAGCGCGCUGAAGCAUCUACCCGUAUCUGAGGCCAAUUACGCAGAAGCUUGGUCAAUUUUGCAAAACAGAUUCAACAAACCAAGUUCCAUUGUUGCUGAAUUCGUCACGACUUUUCAUGCGCAGCCACAUCUUCCGCACCCAGACGCCGGGAAGCUCCGUGGAAUGUUCAAUACUUUCGAGGAAGUUACGCACGGACUCAAAGCAAUGGAGCAAUUGCAUCACGAUCCCUUCAUGAUCCACUCUGCCUUGCAGAUGGUGGACCCCGAAACGCGAACUCUGUGGUACCGGGAGACCACGGAGAAGCCCCAAGUCACGUGGGCACAAUUUUGUGAGUUUUUGGCAAAACGAUGCGAUUCACUGGAAUUGGGCGCGGCCUCGGAUUCUGCACAUGCACCGGCAAAUGCAAUCCAGCCCCCCAAAGAGUCCGCAAAGAAGAACACAAAUUCUUUAGUGACUUUCAACCAGGAAGGGCAGGGGUCACUGGCAUGUGAUUUCUGUCAGCAAUUGCACAAGACACAUCGGUGUCCAACGUUCUUGUCCAAAAUCCCAGCCGAACGCUACAGCACCGUGGCCAAUCUCAAGCUCUGUUGGAAUUGCCUGCGCCCAAAUCAUUUUCUGAAAGAUUGUUCAUCUGGAGGAUGUCGUCAGUGUGGACAGAGACACAACACACUUCUUCACGAUGCAUUCCAAGGAAACAUGAACUUUGAGGUUAGCGGACAACAAAAUGAAAACAAUCCAAGCAGCAAUCUGUGUGCAUCCAACCCAAGCAGCAAUCAAACCACACAGAAUUCGCUUUCAUUCUCGACAAUGGUCUCACAGGAUCUGACAUCUUUGGCUGCAAAUCAAUCCCAUCAAGUGCUUCUGCCCACAGUGCAAGUUUUGGUGGCAGAUUUGUGGGGGAAUCAACAUCGAUGCCGUGCCCUCAUUGAUUCUUGCAGUCAACCAAAUUGCAUUUCUCGCAAUCUUGCUCAGAAAUUGGCGCUCCCUAAAAAGAAUUCUGGGCAAAAUAUCAAUGGUUUGGGAAUGUCUGGGGUGACAUCUUCUCAAACGGUGGACAUAUCGCUGCAAUCACAUUGUUCACCAUUCUCUAUGGGUAUUGAAUGUUCCGUGUUGGAGAGAAUCACUGGAAAUCAGCCAUCAACAAUGAUCAAUCGUGACGCAUUGGUCAUUCCUCACGACAUCCAACUGGCUGAUCCCGACUUCUACAAGCCGGGCAGUAUCGAUCUUCUCCUGGGAUCGGAAGUUUUUGCGAAGGCUGUCCGCUCAAAUCAUCGCAGUGGAAGCCCAAUGUUUCUUGACACGGCAUUUGGAUUUGUCGUCAUCGGAGAUUGUCCAGGCACAGCACAGACGACAGUCCACAGUCACAUGGCCACUAGUCUUUGUGUGACGCAGCCUUGGGACAAACAAGCAUCAGAAUUGAAUUCCGUCUGGCCCAUCAACACGAAUAGCAUGAGUCAACGCAGGUUCAACUCCAGCGAGCAGCGAUGUGAGUAUCAAAACAUCCCUCGUACCACAAAUUAUCUUUCCCACGUACAUCUGCCUGCGCGAGAUCGUCUCCAUCAUCAGGGGAACUCCAAGGAGAUUGCGAAAAAGAACCCUCCAGCAAAGCACAAAUCCCACAGCGGCAAUAACCAAGCUCGUCAGUCACGCACACAUGAUCAUUCUUCCUGGACUCAACAGCCCCACAAUUCUCUCCCCCCACGACGAGAUUUAUUCAGAAAUCUUCAUUUCUGCCCGGCCAGGAUGGAUCCGCGCCAAAGGCACAUUUCGGCACGAAUCGGGAAUGGUCGCGUGCCACCUAUCAACGGUCAAAAACCUGUCAAAUAGUCUCCCAAAAAGCGCGCAAUAGACACCACAUGCACGCCAACUCAGUGACGAAUAAUUCUCAAUUCUUUUAUUAAUUUCUUUAUAUUUCCUGUAAUUUUGAAUAAAUAUUGAAGUUGUGAAGUGGAA